AUGCUCUAUUCGGAGUUGAAACGGGGUGAGUUUCGCCUCCUGAAGGUUCAUGCUGGUGAAGCCGGCAAUGAGCUGCACUGCAAUCUUGAAGUCCGCACAUUGUAUACGCCUCGCAUGCAAAGCGAACGGCCCCCUGGUGAUCGAGCACCCGAUCCUGAGCCAUACGAGGCUUUGUCAUAUGCGUGGGAGUCUCGUGAGCCCCAACAAUCCCUCAACAUAAUCCAAUGCGACGAUUUUCAUACCGUCAAGGUUUACCCCAGCCUCAAAGCCGCCCUGCUCCAGCUUCGCCAGCCUCGCUCCCCUCGUUACCUCUGGGUCGACGCGCUUUGCAUAAAUCAAAAGGAUAAAGAGGAAAAGGGUGGCCAGGUCAAAGAAAUGUGGCGCAUCUAUAGUCAGGCGCAAAGGGUCUGUGUAUGGCUCGGGCCUGAAAAGGACGAGAGCUCCAGGGCCAUUCAUUUCAUACAAAAUCGUCUCCAGGACGAUGACACCGAUAGCUUGAUGACUGAUGCGAACCUGGCGAAGGACUGGGCCGCUCUUUAUAAAAUUAUCACGAGGCCCUGGUUUAGUCGACGCUGGAUUAUCCAGGAGAUUGCGCUUGCCAAAACUGCCAUCGUCUACUGCGGUGGCGAGUCAAUCUCCUGGGACGUCUUUGCCAAUGCGACUUCGUUCUUUGUUAGCGCACCGACACGACUUCGUCACAUGUGCCGCACCUCGCCGGUAUUCAACUAUGAUGAACACCACUUUGGCGACUUGGGCGAGUCCGCAGCUGCGCGACUCGUUGAUCUCGCCGGCCAUAUCUUCAGCAAGGAAGAUAAUGGUGUUAUCCUGGGCAGAUCACUUCCUCUGGAGGAGUUACUGUGCAGCUUGCACAUGUUCAAUACGUCGGAGCCGCGCGACGCGGUUUAUGCCAUCAUCUCGAUUGCGGAAGAUGCAAAACCUGGUUUCAAAGUCCCAGAAGAAACAAGCACUGUCCUCAACGGAGACUUUCUGACGUCGUCUCCGCGUCCACUCAGUCCGAUAACUGAACAUUUGUCCUCGACUACUGCAGAUCUCUCUCAGCUGCGCCGGCGAUCGUCUUCGGUUGACCUUCGAGCUGGAAAUGGGAACUUGGGCCCCGCGCUAUCCACGAACUUCCACGGACAUAAGCGAGCACUCUCACGUUCGAGCGCUCAGGAUGACGUGCCUCCUACGCGCCUGAAGCUAGAUCAGCCUCAUUCAGACGCUGUGCCGAACAAUGAUGAUUCUGUUCACACCAGCGGCGGGGUGCCAGGUAUUCUGGUGUCAGGGCCAGACCAAUCGCACCCUCCUCCGAGAUCUGGGUCAACUCUUACUACCGAGACUGCACCUGACCAUCCCAGUGACCUUCAACAUCCACAGACGCCGCAUCUGGAACCUAGGGGUAGAUUCGCGUCGUUCAGCUCCGCAUCAUCCACUCGAGAGGAAGCUAUGCUUAACAAGGCGCUAAAGCGCAUAGAGAGAAGCUAUAUAGAUUCACGUAUCCCAGUGGACUACACAAAACCCCUUCAUGAGGUCUGUAAGGACGUGCUCAGUUUCACCUUCAGAGCCUCAAAUUCACUAAACAUGAUCUGCCGCCCCUGGGCACCAACCGACCCCUCGCUCCCAUCAUGGGUCCCCACCAUGUCAAACAGUGCAUUUAGCUUAGCAGGAGACGGUGUCUACGUGCGCGUUAGGGCAGAUCCAUUGGUCGGCGGGCCUCGUCCGGGCCAGGGCUUCUACAGAGCUGCUAAGAACGCCCCAGCCCUCUGGUCUUUUGGCGAGACCGAGGAUAAUCGGCCAUGUCUAACAGUCACCGGCUUCGAACUAGACACAAUAAAGGACAAAACAUCCCCCGCAGCCUCCGGGGUCGUACCAGGAGAAUGGAACGAGUUCGUUGGCUGGACAGAUCCUCACACAGCCCCGCCCGAUCCGUUCUGGAAAACCCUAGUUGGGAACCGUGACGCAAUGGGCCAGCGUGCCCGGACUUUCUGGAAGACGGUAUGCCAACGGGCCUUCCAACGUCGGCCCCCGAACGGCGACUUAAAUGUAGAGAAGACAAUGCGGACCGACAACCGCGACCACGUCAGAGAAUAUCUGGAGCGGGUGCUGAGGACUGUCUGUUCGAGAAGGCUGGCCAUUUUGAGCAAUAUUCCUCCGAGCCAUUCACUUUCCUUAGUGCCAUACAAGGCGAAGAAGGGCGAUAAGGUGUGCAUUAUUAACGGCUGCAGCGUUCCAAUUUUGCUGCGCCGUAGUGAGCAAAAGACGGGCCACGAAGACUAUUAUGAGAUGAUCGGGGAAUGUUACGUGCAUGGUAUGAUGGAUGGCGAGGCAUCGUCAUAUAAGAAGAAACGGGGGAUCAGAGAUGCGACCUUCUGCUUGAUUUGAAGACGUAUGCCUUGUUCUUAUACGAAAAAAUAAGUAUUCACGUAUACACCCA